CACAACUGAACAUCGAGUUGGCAACACUGAGAGAAGACAAUGAAAAUACAAUGGUGAAGAUUGGAAACCUACAGAAAGAGAACGAAGAUAUAAAAUAACAAGCAGAAGCAGAAGUGAUGAAAUUACAGGCUGAAAUUCGCCGACUCCGGGAAGAAAUCGUUGGUUACGAGGAAAAAAUCAUUGCAGGAAUUACACUUGAAGAAAGACUACAGGAAACAAAUGACCGUUGUGAAAAACUUGAAGCAGAGAAACGGGGCUAUCAAAAGGAGAAAGAAGAAGUACUUCAAAGGAUUCGAAAUUUGGAAAGCAAAAGCGAAGAAAAAGGAGCCGAAUUAAGAAGUAAGGAAGAAGAAUGGGAGGCGCAGGGGAAGGAACUGCUCAAGUAUAAGUCAUAUGCUCAGAGAUACAUGAAGAAAGCCGAGGAACUUGAGGAACAUCAAAGUCGUAGCACACCCGGAUCCGAUUCUAGGAGUGUGCUUGGAACAGAACUCAAAGAUGCACGAGAAGAGCUAGACGCUGUACAAUCAGAACUCGAAGAGGCCAAGAAAAAGAAUGCCACGUUGGAGAAGAAAAUAAAGGAUCAAGAACGAGAGUGUCAGGACCAUCUUGCAAAAAUCGCUGAGAAAGAAAAAGAAAUAGAACUGCAGAAAGACGACUUUACCAAACGUCUGGAACGCAAGGAGAUAACAAUCGAAAAGCUAAAAAAGGAUCGCACAUCUAUACCGGAAGCACACCCCGAUAACGACGAUCAGAGUUCAUAUCUAAACUGAUAGGAUCAACUAAAUACAUCGCUCAUGACGUAUUGUAUGAUAUUCUGGAAGUCGAU